UCGGCAAUACAUCGUGCGCGCAUUCGCAUUGGAGCAAUGCACCACAACGCAUCACUUCAUCGGUAGCAGUGUCGGUAAAAUUCGCGUUUAACUUACAUAUAUAUGUAAUUGGAUAGUUAUUGCUCUUACGUUUGGUGUUUGUGAAUACUGUUAAGCAACUUAAUGCUGAGUAGUUAGCGAGCAUAAAAUAAUAAUAAACAAAAAAAAGCAAUAAUUAAAUUUGUGAAAAGUCAUACAUAACAAAACUAAAGUGUAAAUAGUUGUUCAGUGUUUUCAUACAAUAAAAAAAAUUUUCAGCAUUUAAGUUUAGUAGCAAAGUCUGCAACAAAGUCAGAUGCAUCGAGUCAUGGCUGAUAAUAACCUCUGCAAUUGCCACUUCACUUAUCAAAAGUCAACGCGCUUACAUGCCUUUUUUCAAUUUAAAUUACUUAUGUGUGUAUGUAUGUGCUAGUAGUGAUACAGGGUGAACAAAAUUUCGCAAAGAAAAUCUUACAACACUUCGCUGAAAUACGGCCUUUUAAAGUAUUUUGAAAUGUUUGUUACCGAAUUUUUAGAUUACCAAAUAUUUCUUGGUGAAUAUGUAAAUGUGUGCAUAUGUAUGUACAUGUAGCAGUGCUCGCCAAUCCUCGUAUUACUCCACACUUGAAGUAUCUAAUAAAACAAUUUGCAACGUAUUCAUAAAUUUAUAAAAACAAAAAAAAAUACCUUAAGCAGCGGCAAUGCAAAACGCGAAACAGUCUGCGCAAAUAAAAUAAGUAACAGGUUUAGUGAAAAUACAAAAAUGCAAGGCAGGUGCUUUGCUUAAAAAAACACGUAAUACCAAGUGCAACAACUGCCAGCGAUGGUAACUUGUAAAACGAUGGAUACUGUGCCCAUUUCAAAAAUGAAUUCUACGUGUGCGCGGAAGCCACUCAGCAGCAACUCUUCCGGUUUCCGGCUUUUAGACGGCGAUCAUCUGGAAGCAGCAUCGAGUGGCAGCAAAAAUUCUGUUUACAAAUUAAAAAUUGAUUUGAUGUUCGAUGAUACGAGAUCCGUCUUCAGCAAACGGCUGGAUGACACAAGAGGGUCACAUCGAACUCGUUCCAUAAUUAUGUACGGCCGCAGUGAAUUGGCAAGCACAGUGCAGAGCUCUCGAUCGAUCACCAACUUACUGCAGGAGUCUACCAAUGCCACGAGAAAACUUACAACUUGCACCAAGAAAGAUGUACAACGCAUCAGUAACAGUGUUCAGGAGCAAAUCGAACAGCUCUUCACAGACGUAGCUAAAGAUGCCACAAGCAGCUUUGCUGUUAUAUACUUGGGCUCCUUACCUUUAAAAGACAAAGUGACUAGCCUGCAAGGUCUGCAAAAGCCUCUUCGUGAACUGUAUCUAAAGGAGUCGCAUACUACGAUCCCUGGGUUUCUGGAAAUUUGUACAACAGGAUUAAGAGUUAAAAGUCAAAAUGCCAACACCAAAAAUGACGAAAGCAUUACUCCCUUUCACAAUAUUGCCGUGUGGUCGGCUGUAAAGUUUGUAGUCUCAGAUACUGAUGGCGGUGCGGCCUUUUUACCACUGAUCACUGAUCCCGAAAAUAUAAAUAAGACUUCAUUAUUUCGUCCUUUUUGUGGAUAUGAGAAAAGCCAAGUACCAAGUAGCGGGCACGCUCCAAUUUUCACGGUAGUAAUGCGAUCUGCAGGCUUACCAAGAGUUCUAAAAUGUCAUGCUUUUAUAUGUAAAAGUACCGAAGAUGCAAUUGUUAUUGCUGCCACAUUGUAUCAGAGCUUAAUGGCACAUGUAAACUCAAGCUCAUACCGCAGCACUAAAAGACGCACGCCACGCAACCAAAAUGGCGUUAGUUGUAUUAGUAUUGCCAGUAGUUCAGUACGGACGGGCUCAAACUGCCUAUCACAUUCCCAGGCUCUAUCCAAUGGACGCAAAAGUUCUUUGCGUAGUUCAAGUGAGAGUUUCGGAGCAGACGGGACAACACCUACUCGCACGGGGCGGAAGAAGCGUAGUUCAAAUACCACAUUAACUUCUAGCAAUAACAUUAUUAACGAGGCGGAAACUACUACAGAAGAACGCAAACGGAAAUCUCAUAAAAAUAAGCGCGCACCUCCUAUUCCAAACGGCACACACUCAGCUAAUUCCGUGUGCCACCAGAGUGUUCGAAGUACCAUUGGACUCAAAGAAACUAUUUGUGAUAGCUGUGGAGGUGGCGGACACUUACCAGUUGCAAACUCAACGGGCGAAAACUCAAACAGUGGUCUGCGUAGCGAAACUAAUGGAGAUAUAUUAACACGAGUAGCAAUACCUCGAUCCGGUAGCUUCCUCAAUACGGGAGGACUUACGCGGUAUAAAUCUAGAGCUGCGCGUCGUCAUUCGGGAAAAAUAGGCGGAGGUGGUGGUUCACCACUUGGUUUCAGCGAACUGUUUAAUGAAUUCCGCUUACAUGAAAACCUUCACUCACUGGACGAAAUUCUUUAUGCCAUAAUUGACGCCGAUGGAAUGUCAUUCAACGAUCUAAAACCAAUUUACAAGGAAUUCCUUCUCAAGUUGGCGGUUACUUUAACGAAAGAUGAGCUCUUCCAAAGAUCAAAAAAUAUUAUGCGUCGACAAAGAAAAAAGAAGCGACAGAGCAACGCUUCAAUUCCACAGAAAAAGUCCAAAACUUUGAUUUUUGGUACAAAGAGCUUGAAGAAGGUUUUUCACUUGGGCCAAUUCAGAUCGUGUCGUGGUAAGCCAGUAAAACUACCCCGAAGUAAGAAAGCCGAAGACCAAAAUCGCUUCACGCAUGAAACUCAAACAAACAGGCCUUCUGUACUUGGGCGUCCGCAUGAGCAGCAACAAGCACGGAUAGCAACCAGCGGAUCUGACGUGUCGUUGGUGCGCAACGACAACACCCUUCGAGGUUUGAAUAGAAACAGCAGCAGCGGCUACGUCUCUUGUUCUGAAUGCAGCUAUGAUUCAGAAGCAUGCACGUGCAGUUCAGCCGACAGAUGUUAUUGCAGUCUUCGAGCAGAUCACAUUAACAGCAGGCUGCGUCGCAAAAAUGAGCGUAACAUUGUUCCAGCAAAGAGCUCAACCGACAUCUACAGGCAAAACAAAAGCAGCGCAUCUGGUAAUAAAAUGAAUCGAGAUUCACUGAUCUCGUGUAAUUCGGAUGAAAAAUGCUAUUGUUCUAUGGUUGAGGAAGAGAGCCCGAUAGUUGUCUCUGGUAGUGAUUUCGGAAACACCCAAUCGGAUACCACCUGGUGUGACACGGAUAGUUGUGUUAGCGCCAGCAAAUGCUAUUGCCAACCUAAGCCGCAUCAAGCAAGCGCUGCUGGUGGAACAGCUGCAGAGAAAUUAGCUCUAGACUACGAGCUCUUUACGAUCAGCGGUAACAGCAAGUCAGUGCAGCCGCAUGAAGCUCUAAGCGUUAAGAAGAGUUUAGAAGCAGCGGCUAUUUUUGCCGAUGUAAAGCUUAGCCAAACGACUGACAUUAAAAGUGUUUGUCCACCAGCUUCGGUUAAAUCCCAAAAAAGUGUCUCAGCAAGAAAUGGGCGUAACUUGGAAGCAAAAAGAAAUGCUCAGCCCGUAAAAAGGCGUGACUCCUUAAGCACUGAUCGUCGACACAAACACCCAAACGCGCUCAGCUUAUCGCCGCGUUCAUCACAAAGAUCUCAUAGCGCGGAUGAUUUGUUGGGUAAAGUCAGAACAGUGGAAAGAAAUUCAAGGUCAGCGUCGGUGAAGUCUACGCGGAGCAAAGAACAAGUUCAGUUGGUCGAGCUCGAGGAACGACGAAGUUUUCAAAGUAAUUACCAAUCGAUACCAGCUGCGAAUGCCUCACUGGAAGACGCAUUAGGGUAUUUGCCAUAAAGCAAAGCUAGACAUUAAUAAACUGCAUAGCAACACAUUAUUUUUAUAUCCGAGUGCACUAAUGCGCCGGGGUAUUACAAAUUGGUUCACACGACGGUUCACGGUGUUUGUAAUAGACUAAGCAUUCGAUUUAGAUAGAUGUAGACAUAUGUACAUAUAUAUAUGCGAAAAUGUUCAGAAUAGACCAAUUUUUGCAAGUAAAUAUUUGUAUCUCUCAAACCACUAACAAAAACUAUUAUAUUUAAUGUAAACAUGAUUUUGAAAAUUGUUGAAAUCGUCUAAAAAUCAAAGUGGAAUGCGUUUAUACGAGUAAAUGAGAAUCCCCUUUUGAGAUAUUAAAAGCUUCACAUUUUAGUCGUUUGAGUCGCUUCAAAUAUAUACAAGUAUAUGAAUCAGUUGUUUUAAGUCGAUACUCUUUUAACAAAUUUAGAAAUAUGUGCAGAUGGAUGUGCAAUGUAGACGAACUAUAUUUUUACUGUUAUUGCUAAACUAUUUAAUGAUAAGCUUAACAUAAUUGCAGCUUAAUUUUAGAUAUCAAUUUUCAUUAAGGCCCAAUAUGUGUCGGUUGAAAUAUUAGUGGUGUCCAUAAGGCAAAGCCUGCGACUAUCCUAAUGCACCGCAUUGCGUAAUUAUGAGCUCACAAUAAUUUUACUUAUGUAUAUUUUUUAUUGUGUUUUAGAGAACAUAUUUUUACACGUAAUUCACAUAACAAAAGAAACGCCCUUUAUAUUAGACAAGAAGAGAGUAGACAAAUAUAACUGUUGUAAAAUUAAAAACGCACUUUAAGGAUUCUUUUAAAAUAUUUUUUAUUUACUCUCCCUAGUAAUGAGUGGUAUUUAAUUUAUUUUCAAUAGCUUAUCCUGUUGCUUCGUUAUUCAUGCGUGUUGAUGGGAAGUGUACUCACAGCUCCACACAACAUCAAAGAUCCAAAAUUUCUUUUUGAAAACUAUCUUGGUUCUAAACGCAAAUCUCCCCAAUAUGUACUAAAUCCAGAUGGAUUCAGAUCUGGACUUCCAGGCGGCCAUUCUUCUGCAACUAUGAACCCAGGAAUAUAGUUUUUUAGCCACUGCUGGGUGGUUUUUGCCUUAUGGGCUGGAGCGGAAUCUUGCUGGAAGAUCCAUGUUCUCCAUUGAAAAUAACACUGCUCAACUGCUUCCCCACGCCUUCGAAAACAUCCUCCUGGUACACUUUUGCCCCGGUGUUAACCCCUAUUUCGCAGAAAUGAAGAGAUGUAACGUUUUUUCAAGAUACUCCCCACCAAACCAUUACGUAGGCUGGAUGGUGGUUUUGCUUAUUAAAAACUUCUUCAACAGUAAAAAUUUUUUCAUCUGUGAAAAUAAUAUUUUCAUGGCCGUUGAUCGCGUGCCACUGAAAAACCUGCUAGCAUCUGUCGAGUCCAACGUAGAAUCUCUCUUGCCAACAAGAGCUAUUUUGGACUAAGUAGGCAACUGAGCAGUAAAGUCCUCGCUCAACGUACAAAACUAACACUCUACAAGGCUCUCAUCAUGCCCGUCCUAACGUAUGGCGCAGAAGCUUUGACGAUGACAACAUCGGAUGAAGUGACGCUUGGAGUGUUUGAGAGAAAGAUUCUGCGUAAGGUUUUUGAACCUUUGCACGUUGGCAACGGCGAAUAUCGCAGGCAAUGGAACGAUGAGUUGUAUGAGCUUUACGACAACAUAGAUAUAGCGCAGCGAAUAAAGAUCCAGCGGCUACGUUGGCUGGGUCAUGUCGUCCGAAUGAAUACAAACGUUCCGGCUCUGAAAGUAUUCGAUGCGCUACCAGUUGGUGGUAGCAGAGGAAGAGAAAGGCCCCCUCUGCGUUAGAAAGAUCAGGUGGAGAAGGACUUGACUUCACUUGGUGUGUCCAACUGGUGCCGGUUAGCACGAGAAAGAAACGACUAGCGCGCUUUGUUAAACUCGGCAAAAAUCGCGUAAGCGGUUAUCGCGCCAAUUAAGACGAAGAUCUGUCAAGUCUAAUUUUUUGAGAGCGUGUUGUCAAAAGAUGACCAGUUGACGGAAGGCUUUCAUGUGGAGAUCAUCUCUAAUUAGUCUUGACAUGGAUCUGGUCAAUACACUCAUUUCCCCCGGACAUGAUUUUCUGCUUUCUAAGGGGAUUUCUGCGAAUUCUUUCUCGAAUUACACUUCUGUCUGCCACUUCAGACGUUUGGAAAAACCAUUGAUCGUGCGGUAAGCAAACGUUCCCGAAAUAUAAAGCUUAUUCCGCAAUUCGUAAAUCUCACUUGCACUUUUGCCACACUUCUGCAAUCAACAAGAGUUAACAAGCGAAAUUUGCCUCGAAACUGAGUAUAAUUUAUGAGUAGACAAUGCUUACGAACAAAAGCAAAAAUAACAGACACUUUUUCUGCCAAUUUGCUCUCGCCGUAUGAAUUGUAAAAUUUGUCACCGAAUUUAUGGCAAGUCUAAAUAUACUCGUAUUUUUAAAUUGACCGAAGCAUUUGGAUAUUUUUAAAUAAUAACUGUAAAGUCUUUCUGUUUCAAAUUUACACACUAAAAUAUUAUAUAAGUAAACCAUGUGAUUUUCUAAUUAUUUUAAGGGAUAGGAGCACCAACGGCAAGGAAAUAAAAAGGGUUACAAAUAAUUUUUUUGUCAGAACUAUUAUUCUAUUAGAACUCUUUCACUUUUAUUUCAAAUGUAAUAAACGUCACACACAAAAACGGAAUGGAAAUAUAUGGCCACUACUUCAAGCGUUUCGAAUUUCCAGGACUCUAUCAUCGUGGACUCGGUUUUCAACCUUUUGACUCAAAAAUUGAUACACAUUCUUGUAAAUAUAUUCUACAUAGAGUGGUGUAUGACUUCUUUGACUGGUUAGCUUAAAAAAAAAUUAUAUAGUACUUUAUUAAUAUAGAAGAAAAAAGUAGACAUCCUUAAAGUGGUCCUAUUUGCGUAAAAAAUCAGGAUAUAUAUUUCUUUUUUUUUUUUUUUGAAAUGCUAUUCUGUAGAUAACUUCAUCAUCAUCAUUUUUUGCCACUACAGCUCUUUGUGAGAUUUGGCCUGCUGCACGUGCGACCUCCAUACAUUUCGAUCGCUUGCGACUUUUUUCCAAUUCCUUAGCCAAAGUUCAUUGAUUAUCGCUUUUUAUAAAUUACCGUCACUAAAUUUGCUCGUAAUGCCAAAUUAUGGAUUUUCAUAAAAUGUUUCUAUGAUAACUUUAUGAUGGCAUAGAAAAUUUCGAAGGUUUGAGUAGGUGUUAAUCAAAGCGAAGCCAUUAAAAGUGGUGGCCAACAACGUUUUGUGCAUUAGAAUGUCACAACAAAAGAAAGUAGACUAGUAGUAGAAUAGUAAUUUCCUUUUGUGGUGGCAUCCUAAUGUUCAAGGCGAAACAAAUUAGCUGGUAUUCUGAUAUCACCUUAAACGAUUAACGAUUUUGAACGAACAGCGCUCGCGUAAAGUGGAUAUACUCCACCUCACCAACCCGAGUGCUGCUCACAGAUUUCGACAUGUUUGUGUUACGUACAACACAAGUACGGCUAAUAAAACUUUUUUUGUUCUAUCCUUAAUUAAUUUUAUUUUUAAACAAUAUAAACUUUUUAAAGGCAAAAUACAAAAACCGGAUGUUUUCGGUUACAUUUCUGCAAAAAACCCGAGCGUCAUAGAUUCGCCUUGGUGUUAGCGAUGUGGCGAAGGAGAAAAUAUACUAUACAUACAAAUGGCAAAAAUUCCCUAAGCAAAUUUUUGUUGGAUUACACGCAACUGAGCAUAGCGAGAUAAGCAGCGCAACAGAACUCGGCACAACAGCGGCGACGUAGUGACGUAGCAAAGUGGCGAUAGCUACUAGUGAUUACAGAAGCAGCGGAGCUUAAGCGAGGGGAGGGAAAGCGAAAGGGAGCUGGCGAAAUUCAGUUGACGCACGAUGAUAUUUGAUACCAAAUUUGGGCCCAUAAUCUAAAAAAUUGGUAUAUUCAAUUGAAUUCAGGAGAAUUCAUUGAAGCUGCAGUCAAAACAAAC